AUGCGCAUCUCUUGGCGUCUGGGCUCGGGGUACAUCGAGUCGGUGGAUGACUAUGUCGGCGUUUUGGUGCCUCUGGAGGAAGCUCAUCUUUAUAGCCAAGCGGCAAAAGCAAAGAGCGCAAGUCAUGGAGAAAAGCGGGAAGAAGGCGAACUGGAUGACUUGGAAAUGAAGGAAGAGCGAGAGGGUAUGCUUGGAGGUGAUUCUGCUGAGUAUACGGUUGAAGGACUGCGAAAGGAAAUGAGAGAAGGACGCCGAGGGCAAUGGACGACAUAUGAGAUUAAGUCAAAACUCAUGAACAAGGCAGUUGGAGAUAUUGGUAUGGGCAGUUAUAACUGGCAGCUCUUUGUCCUCUGCGGUUGCGGAUGGUUCGCCGAUAACCUCUGGAUGCAGGGAGUGUCACUCUGUCUUCCAUCACUAUCAAGCGAAUUUGGUGUCGAUGAGAAGACAGUUCGAUAUACGACUAGCGCUCUCUUUAUCGGUUUAUCCAUCGGAAGUUUCUUCUGGGGUAUUGGCUCUGAUUUCCUGGGCCGUCGCAUCGCUUUCAACACGACGCUACUCAUCACCAGUGUCUUCGGUAUCAUGUCCGCCUACGCCCAAAGCUGGGGCAGCGUCUGUUUCUUCUUCGCUGCCCUUGGCUUUGGAGUUGGUGGCAACCUUCCUGUUGACGGCGCCCUCUUUCUCGAAUUCCUUCCCGACGCCUCCAGCGCUCUCCUCACCCUCCUGUCCGUCUGGUGGCCCUUUGGACAGCUCGUCUCGUCUUUGAUCGCAUGGUUCUUUAUCGGCAACUGGCCCGUCGAGCAGGGCUGGCGAUACUUCAUUGUUACGAUCGGAAUCGUCACCUUCGCCAUGUUCGUCGUUCGAUUCUUCAUCUUCCACCUUUUCGAGUCUCCCAAGUUCCUCCUCAACAAGGGUCGCCAACACGAGGCAGUUGCUGUCAUCCACGGACUGGCAUUCCGCAACGGCACCAAGACCUGGCUUACUUCCGAACUACUCGACCUGGUUGCUUGUGAGGACGGCGAUGAUCUGGCUCAUGUCGCCGAGAAGAAGAUCCCAGCCCCAUCGACUAUGGGUGUCAUCCGCGAGAAGCUCCAGUCCUUCUCCGGUGAGCGUCUGCGACCUCUCUUCCAGAACAAGACCCUCGGUAUGGCUACAUCUCUGAUCUGGUUUUGCUGGGCUACGAUCGGAAUGGGUUAUCCUCUCUUCAACGCCUUCCUUCCUCAGUACUUUGCUCGCGCGCACAACGAGUCAUCGGACAGCGUGCAAUCCGAAACCGACACCAUCUCUUCAGACACAUACCGCAACUACGCCAUCGCCUCUGUCAUGGGUGUUCCUGGCUCUCUGCUGGCUGCUUAUCUUGUCGACCAUCCCUCACCUUUCCUCGGCCGUCGUGGAACGCUGGCCAGCUCUACUCUUCUUUCUGCCGUCUUCCUUUUCCUCUUCGUCUUCUAUGGCACAACUUCAACUGCCCAACUUCUCAUGUCCUGCGUUGAAGCUUUUGCCCAAAACAUCAUGUACGGUGUUCUCUACGCUUUCACGCCUGAGAUCUUCCCUGCGCCUGUUCGUGGUGCUGGUACCGGUGUGGCCAGCUUCCUCAACCGAAUUACUGGACUCAUGGCCCCCAUCAUUGCUGCUACUGUUCCUGGUGACGGUGCCACUACUCCUAUCAUCAUGUCUGCCGUUCUCAUUCUCUCGGCUUUCGUUGGCAUUUGCCUCAUCCCUAUCGAAACAAGAGGUGCUUCCCGUCUAUAA